UUAGCAAAAACCAAGGUGGCAUACCAAGGCGAAGAUAAGAAAAUACCUAACAAACUCGCCAUAGACUUCUUCAUAAAAGGCUUGCGACCCGAUAUUCGUAGGGCCGUCCGAAGACUUCCCGACCCGCCAGAUUUUGAAACCGCGCUCGCUAAUGCAGAAAAGGAGCAACGAAUUCUAGAGCAAGAGUAUCGCGAAGAAAAAGAAAUUCUAGAAAGCAUCAACUCGCUUGUACUCGAUCAAAAAGUAGAAGAGUUAACCGAACAAGUUAACAGCCUUCAACAAGUAAAUCGCAAUCGGCCCAAGAGCCCCGCACAAGAACGUCCACGCGCUAUAGUACGAUUUCAAUCCAAUGCGCGCCCGAAUCAAAACUAUCGGCAGCGAUCAGCAACGCCAUUCCGCCCGCGAACCCAGAUAAAUCCUCCGCGCCAACUACGUUUUGUGCCUAGAAGAAUAUUUCCAAACCCACGCUUUUGGAGCCGCCGCCCUCGCAAUGUUCCUUUCCGCUUCUUCAAUCAGCCCUAUGUUCCGUACCCGCCUUACGCUCAGCCAAUACCUUAUGUUGCUCCUAAUCAAGCUGCAGGACCAGCUAUAGCGAACGCUCCGCAAUACUAUCAAACGUCAAGCAGAUUCCCUUCAACAGCGCAAAAUGUCAACUUUCUGUGCAUAUUAGCAAUUAUAGCUGCAUGCCUAAUCAACCCAAUAGUAGCUUUCCAAAUCUGUGGUAGUAGUUCCUUUCCUAACGUGCUCUCACUACCAAAACAAGUGCAGUGCACAGCAACGACGGAAGAGCCUAUGAUCGAAACAAAUAUACAACUAUUCGGCGAAACUAGCAAACCUUUGCAGCUAACGGCGCAUAAAUGUUACAGAGAUGUAAUUAAAGUCUCCGUACAUAACUUCCUCUAUAUAAGAACCAGGCGCACCGUAAUAGGCCGCCAACGCAUAUCAAUUUCAAAAGAAGAUUGCGAGCUAGCCAAAACAACCAACACUAUUCACGGGCAUCCUCUAGUUGAAGUUUCACCUGGACUAAAGAUAACCAGAGAGAUAGAGGAUGAAAAUUCAUCGCUCCCUCUCUGGGGCACGAACUUGUAUUUGCGCAGCCUGUAUUCCAUUGAAGAAGGCCAGAUAGCUUCAUUUAACGGCGAAACCAUGCUUAGCACUUUAGGAAAUCUAAACAACUGUACUAUUUCCGAUGGCGUUUGCCUCACACCCAACGAAGUUAUUAUCUGGGAACCCAUAGAAGUUGUACCGUGGUGCAGAUACACUUCUAUAGGCAACUUCGACGCGCUAGUAAGCAUGAAAUUUAUCCUCAUACUCGAACACGAGUUAGCAUUCGAGUUCAGCAACGAUCAUUUGCUUCGCACGCAGUUACUAAGACAUUGCAGCAUAACUAAUAGCUACUUGACCACAUCCAAUCAUCUUAUCUCCUUCCCAAAUAUACCACCAAAUACAAUGGUGCAAGACUUCAUUUUGGAAACCUCUUACAAUUUCAAAAGAAAGCGCGAAGUGAAAUAUCUUACUGAUGCCGAGAACAGACAGUCUCGAUACGAACUAGUACCCGCGCAAACCCUACCAAUAGCUCGAAGGAUUUUCGGCAGUGAUAUUCAAAGCUUACCAGCUUUUGAAACUCAACCCAUCACGCACAUCCUCCUGCUAAGAGAAAUCAAACUCUGGAACAUCACUAACGCGGACUUCCUUCGCAGAAGUCGUAUGUAUCUAUUCGAAGACAUACGUACGAAUGUUCUUCGUACCAUUCGCUAUGCCGAAUAUCGCUAUCGCCAGAUUUCUUGGCUUCGAUCCAUCGAAACAAAGAGACCUUUGAACUACGCCGAGACCGCACUCCUUCAAGACCUCGAACAUGGCAUAACAGACGUUUUCGACGAAUAUCUUUCCAAAGAAUUCGGCACAAUUGGAAUGGAUAUCGAUCAGGAUCCUGCAAGGCUGAAAGCUAAACCAGCACCAUUCUUCCAACCAGAAGAUCUGAAGAAAGUGAAUGUCACUAACCAGAUAGAAGCUGAUCCCUAUGCGCAGGCAGAACGAGAACGAGAACGCCUCAAAAGCAGUACAUCAACCAGCACUGCAUUACCUCCGAAGGUAACAACUACGGCGCCUACUACUACUUCCACGACUGCGUCCACAACUCUCAAAGCCACCCAACCAACAGCUAAAUAUACAACAACCACUUCGUCCGCCAUAACGAUGCCAUUCGUCACUCGUCCACCUGUGGUCAUACCACCGUAUGUCCAUAUAAUCCCGGAGAGCAAAUCACUCAAUCCGAUAAGUCCAUUUACUACAAGCCAGAGGACAACGAUCGCCUCUACUCCCACGACAACGACAACCAGUACAACCAAAAUGUCUACGACUCAGUCACGUCCGACAACCACUACCAAGGCAACUACUACGACUGCCACAUCCACAAGGCCUCCCGUCAAGAGGACGACGACCAGUAUCAUUCAAACGAUUACUCCAAGGAUACCAACAACGACGUCACCAUCCAGCACUACUCCUAUCAAAGCUGUUUUGACUUUCGAGAAACUAAUCCCACUGCCUCCAUCCGAAUAUCAUAAUCCACCUCUACAUAGACAGUUCAAACGGACAAACUCCGCCUCUUCAAACUCAGCCGAUUAUCAGCUCAGUUCAGUCAACAUCCGCCGUGAAUUUAACAACAUAUGCGUAAGACAGUUCCUGAAUAACCAAAGACUUCACGAGCUCAGCCGCGCUGACCCUACCUGGGCAGCAAGAAUCCUAUUGGGAACUUCAGACGUCGUGGCUACAUUGACCGAUGACGAACUUCUAGUUUCAAGAUGCAGGAAGGUAGAACCAACCGAAGUGUAUUCCAAUCACCAGGUCAACCAAACGUGUUACGAUCUACUACCGGUCCUGGUGGAAGACCAAUUAUGGUUUGCAGUCCCUGGAACGGGAGACUUGGUUCAAUCGUCUACCGAAAUCCCUUGCCCUUACAUAACCAAUGUGAACGGACAAGUUCAACCGAUGUUGCCUCCGAAUGUACUUCUAAGCGACAACGUGCAACCAUUCCUCUUCAAAUCACCGCCUAUCUACCAUCAUAUAAUGCAAAACUACGCGCCUACUAUUCGACACCAAAUUGACGCACUGCAGCACGAAUAUGCAGCCAUGCAAAACCGUCUGCAAAGACGAGGAAUCUUGGACGACACACUUCUCAAAAUCAAGGACGUUAAGAACUCUAUAGGAGAAUCGCUCUCUUCAAUCUACGACAAAACUACAACUAAGCUCACAGAUGGCAUAGAAAACAUAAGAUGGUCCCUCAUCUCCUUGUUACUGUGGAUAACUAUACCAGCGCUAGCAGGCAUCAUUCUAGUCGCCAUAUGCAUCUGUUGCGUGAAACUGUACUUCAUACGAACAGCUUCCAACACGGCAGCUUCAGCCAUGUUUGAGAUGGCAAGUAAUCUCUCAAAAAGAAGACGCGUCAGAACUCAACCAGCAGUCAAUUCUCUAUUGAUAGAGCUACCUCCUCAAGAACCUCUCUUCGUCCCUCGCAUUUACGCAAUACCCUUCGCGACUAAUCAUGUUCAAAAUCCUUUACCGUAUGUUAGGAUAGCACUAAAUCAAUUUUCUACGCCAGCCCUAGUUGAUAGCGGAGCCACCAUUUCUUAUAUGAGACAGUCCACUCUCUACGCGCUUGGACCACAUUUGAAAAUCGAUGAGCACCAUGUUAAAGCGCAAGCAGCUAAUGGAUCUCAUAUAGCGCUCUCAGCGUCAGUAACCGUUAACGUAAAUAUAGGAACUCAUACAAUUCCUCAUCGCUUCCUCGUAUCGCAAGACAAUCAAUGUCCCGCACCAGUUUUGCUUGGCACAGACUUUAUCAAAAAAUUAAACCAGCUGGGACUAAAAGUGACUAUCGAUCUGCACAACAACCUGCUCACGAUAGGCAGCGACGCUCACAAUAUGAUUCAAAUCAAUGCCAUCAACUUCCUAGAAGUCAAACCGUAUGAUGUGCGCCUUUUGCACACCACGAUUCUACCAAAAAGGUCCUCGUCGAUAGUUCCAGCUUUAAUCGACAACCACUCCGCCGAUAACCCCUUCGACUUCCUCAUCGAAGACAAUCAAAGGGACAUAGAUCUCUUAUACGUCGUGGGUCGUUCCUUAGUACACCCUUCCAACGACGGGAUAUGUCUAAUAAACAUACUGAAUCCCUCCUGCACGGAUAUCAGAUUAUAUGAACGAAUGAGAGUAGCUUUCGCUACUCCUGUUUCUUCUCCAAUGGAACAAAUACUUGCUGUUCAAAGCGAAUACAUUCCUCCGGAAGCUAACUGGGAAGAAAGGAUACCACAUUUUCCGAUUCAGCCAGCCAUCGGUUACGAUAUUGCCAAGGAGAUAGAUCUAACUAAAUCUGCACUAACGACUAACCAGAAGGAGCAAUUGAUAACUAUCAUUCGCCACCACGCUCAAGCAUUCGUCGGACCCGACGGACAUUUGGGUCACUAUAAUGGACCAAUUCGUCACCGUAUAGACCUCGUCGACAACGCUCCUAUUCCUACCAGAAAGAUCUACCGUGUCCCACUCGAAAAAAGAACCGAAAUUGAGCAACAAAUCACUCAGAUGCUCAAAGAUGGAAUAAUCCGCGAAUCCGCAUCUCCCUUUUGCGCUCCCAUAGUUCUGGUACGUAAAAGAGACGCAAACUCAUGGAGAUUCACGAUCGACUUCCGAGGCUUAAACGCAAUAACGAAGCCACAGCAGUCUAUACUCCCUAAUAUCCAAGAUAUUAUCGAUCUAUGCGCCAACAAUUGUCUGUACUCAUCCCUUGAUUUCCAACAAGGCUUCCAUCAGAUUCCGCUGGAAGAGUCUCACUGCGAAAGAACUGCA